AUGAACCAUAAAGUCUUGAUCUUCGAUAUAGAAGGAACGGUGUGUCCUAUUACAUUUGUUAAGGAUGUUCUUUUCCCGUAUUUUACUGGUCAGAUCCCCCAGAUAUUAAGCGCAUACAAAUACCCAUUAACUGGAAACGUUGACACUGAUCAUGAUCCGAUUCUUGAUACCCUAUUGAAGUUCCCCCAAGACACCCUAACAUCACAAGAAACGCUCCGUAGUCAUAUUUUACAGCUUGUUGCCGCCGAUAUCAAAGAGCCAGUAUUGAAGUCCCUACAAGGUAUCGUAUGGAAGAAAGGAUAUCAAUGUGGAGACUUGAAAGCUCCAGUGUAUGCUGAUGCCAUUGAGCUCAUCACCAAGUUCACACAACAACCAAAUCAAAAGGUAUACAUUUAUUCUUCUGGAAGCAUUGCCGCACAAAAGCUUCUCUUCGGACAUGUGGAAGACGUUGGAGACAUGAACCAGUUUAUAAGUGGAUACUUUGACAUCACAACUGCUGGGUUCAAGACUGAGACCUCAUCUUAUACCACCAUUUUGAAGGAAAUAUUUGGUGAUGGUGAAGAAGAAGAAGAAGAAUCUGUGCUAUUCUUAAGCGAUAAUGUUAAGGAGGUGAAAGCAGCAAAGGAAGCAGGAAUGGAAGGCUAUGUUGUGGAAAGACCAGGCAACGCUCCAUUAACAGACUCGGAUAGAAGGAACUUCACAAUCAUCAAUACCUUUGAGGAUAUGGUAUAG